UGAAAAAAAUUCUCAAAGGUUAUUAAUAAGCGACUGAAGUAAACUUUCCGUUAACGUUCACACGUCGGAUCUCUGGCAGUUGAUGUGCAUCUUGGCGAGUUGUUACGACAACUAUUGGUGCAACUCUCACGGGCGAGCGAUAGAAUUAAAGGGUGUGUUAACCACGCCGAGUGAAGUUGCUUUCCACGUAACAAAUCUGUUUCUCCAAAGAAUCCGAAUUGCGACUGAUUUCAACUGUAGGAAUUGAGAGAAAUCAGACAUGGGGAAUACGAGCAUAAAAGAACCUGAACAAAUGGGAGAAGUCAGUCAAGAACUCGGCCCACAGGACUUCUCAGAUGUCGAGAAAACUUUCCAAGUUGUUGAAAAGGAAAAUGAAGAAAACACGGUACCUAGUGAAGAAAUCUCGGAUACCGACGAGUCAGUUGACAAUCUUAAGACCAAAAGCAAAAAGAAAGAGAAAAAGCAAGAUGAUUUUAAAACGGAGAGCAAAACUGAUGAAGAACUUUCCGAAGCACACUUAGAAAAGCAAAUUCCCCGUAAGAAGAAGGCCAUGAAAACAAAGAUUAAACAUUUGAUGAUAGAACUGCAUGGAAAAAAUGAAAUUCUUUCACGAGGAAGGAAAAUUCUCGACCGUUUGACUGAUGAGCGAGAACGUCACUUAGAGCGGAUUGAGGAAAAGGAGCAAGUCAUUGAAGGAAAGGAAUUUGUUAUUCAGUCUUUUCAUGAGAAAACGCUCGCAUUUAUGCAACGAAUAGAUGAAAAAGAGUCAGAGCUCAGAGAAAAAGAACGAUUAUUAAAUGAAACAAAUGAUCGAGUUGAAUUGUUACAGAAACAGCAAGCCGAACAAGAGGAGAUUGUGAAAGAAAUGCAGAGCGCGAUGGAAAAUUUGAAUAAGCAGACGAAAAAUGGCCAUCAUUCCAGCGGAGCAUUUAAUUCUGACUUGGAUGUUAGAGUUGAACUUGAGUCCCUUAAAAGAGAAAAUGAACGCUUUAAGCUACAACUGCAGGAAAAACUUAGCACCCUUAACGAGAGAGAACGCGAAAUAAACUCUUUAAAGCGUGAAAAGGAAACUAUUCAAGAGGAGAAAAGAUACUGCGAUAAAAUCAGUCUCGAACGAAAGUUUUCAGUCGAUCGAUUAAACAGAGAGAAGGAAAGAGGCUUGGCAUAUCUCGACCAGUUAGAGAUAAGACUAAAAGAAAAAGACCAGGCAUUGCAGCAAGCUCGAGAUGAAAGUAUUGAGCUCCGAGAUCAACUUAAACGCAAAGAUAAUUUGCUUUUGGAGAAGGACAGGACUUUGGAAACGUUAGAAAACUCAAGAAAGGGGACUUCUGAUCGGUUGGAAAGACUUGAGAAGCAAUGGCAGGACGAGCGCAGAACUCACCGAAACGCGUAUGAUGAGUUACGUGCCGAGAAGCGUGCGUGCGAAGAGCGUUUGCAACGCGUUCAAGCGGAUGUAGAAACAUAUCAAAGGCGCAACCGCGUCUUAGAACGCGAAAUUGAAAGAGCGCGUAAAACUACCGACAUAUUCCGUGGAGAUCAACCAUGGAUGAUCACAGGAGAAGAAGUAAAGCUCUCUGAAAAAGUUCUGGGUACCGGUGCGUGGGGAAGAGUCCUUGAAGGAAAUUUUCGAGGAACUAAAGUGGCAGUGAAAGAAAUCCACGAAAUAAUUCAGUCAGCUCAUAACAGACUCCUCUUCGAUCGCGAAAUCACGUUUGCCACCUUAGUGAGACAUCCUUGUAUUCUACAGUUCUUGGCCGUGGCUGACUACCGUACUAGCAAACCCCUCUUGGUGGCAGAACUCAUGGAUAUGUCCCUGUCGCAACUUGUAAAAGAUGAGAAAACCUUAGGCAACAGAUACAUCAGGAUUCUAGCGCUUGAUGUCGCUUAUGGUCUGAACUAUCUUCACUGCUUUCGACCCAAUCCCAUACUCCAUCGUGACGUCAACAGCGGCAAUGUCAUGGUUUGGCGCCAAGGUGACAAAUGGCGCGGGAAACUCUGCGAUUUUGGGUCAGCAGAAUUCAUGGGAAGCAGGAUGUCGGAGAAUCCGGGAAACCCGUUUUACUCUGCUCCAGAAGCAAACAGUUCAAGACAGUGUCCCAAGAUCGAUGUGUAUAGUUUUGGUGUGCUCCUCUGUGAACUCUGCAUAAACCAAACACCUAAUCCUGCUGAAAGAGAGCGACAAAUUGUACUGAUGUGCAACAAGGAUCUGAGAGAGUUAGCUGAACAGUGCAUCGCACCGGAUCCGCUUACACGAUGUACCAUGACUGACGUCAUCAAUGUGCUGGAGCCCAUGACUACGUGAGUCAUUAUACUAAGGAUUUUAGGUCUGAGAUCAUUUCGCAGAUGAUUGAAGCUUCCGUGAAUUUUAUGAAGUUUUCAUUCGGGUAACAAUACCCUGUAAAGUAAACUAUCAGGGAUGGUAUGAAGUUGUUCCUUCGCUGUCUCUAGAACUUGAAAUCGAUAAAGUUUUCAAUGAAUAUUUCUAAUCGUUGCUAUUUCCAGUCAAAAAUCAAAUAAUAGGCAAACGUAAAAUGUAAAAAUUGCCAGAUAAAUAAAACUUUUAAAUACAAGACAUGAGCGAGGGAGGAAGAGGCGUUAGACUUAAAGUUUCAGUAUGUACGUCAUUCCAACUGAUUCUUCAAAGAGGAACCUAUACCCUAAAUUGAAACGUAUCGAUUUUUCUGGCUAAAAGAGGUACACAUAUUAUUUCAUUUAAAGGCUGUUUGGCGGCCUUUGACACAUCUACCUACUGAUCCUAACGAAAAAAUUACUGUCAGUUCUGGCUCAUGUAUAAGACGUUGCGCAAUCAACCUUUAUCGGUGAGAUGUUGACGCCAAUAUAAGACGUUUCAAGCGGUAGCCCUUCGUCUUUCGCUCAGAGGAAGGGGGCUAAGGCUCUAAACUUCAGCGUAGAAACUCUAUGUGGUGGCCAAUUUACAUUAUCAGCUCAGUUGAUAAAAAACCAAAUUGCCUUGUUACACUCUCUCGGCACCGACGCAGCACCACAGUUUCUUUAGAAACUUACCCACUUUAGUCAUGUUACUAACUUGAUUUUUCUAAGUACAUGGUGAGAGUAACCUAAACGCCACGCAGUUAUUUUCCAGACAGGAUCUAAUAAUAAGUAAUAAUAAAUAAUAAUAACAAGUGGGAAGUCAGUCAGGUUUGGUCAAUAUGUAAAAUAUUUCAAAAUGUGCAACGCCAAUAUGAUAAAUUCCUAUGAAUAGCUUUGAUUUUUACUUGGUAGUAUUUAGUUGGUACUUUUGAUGCAAUAUAUCGUUAACGGCUUGUGCGUUGGAGGCGAGUUCCCGUUUGAUUUACACGUGCAGCGUAACAUUGUCUUGAUCUUCUGCCUAAAACGUUCAUUGAGUAGCGCGUACACGAAGGGGUUAACAGAUGAAUUAACCAUGAACAUGGUGUCAGCAAUGACGUAUGAAGCUGAACCAAACACGAGGAUGUCAUAGUAACUCAAGACGUAAAUGAGUAGACCUGUGAUCCAGCAGAUUCCAAAGAUAACACUGACAGUUAUUACACUCAAUGUGACUCGUUUGCGCACUCUCAGUAUUCCCUGAAAAAGAAGAGUGUAGUUAGAAUAGCAUGAACCAUUCAGGCACCAGUUCCUCACUAAGUGGCUUUAAGCCUUGUAUUAUCGUUAAUAUUCCUAAGUGUUCAACCCACCACCACACGAUAAAAAAAUGUAUAAACGCGCGUAAAACAGCUUGUUAUAUUGUCUGAGUGAGAAAGGACUGAGAUGAGCCAGUAGGACUGCGCGGAUGUCAUGUUGAGACUGAGCAGAGCGAGCUCCGUAAAGAUAACACAAACGUUUGUGGCAAACAGGUAGCUGGAAAUCAUUAUACUUGCUAUAAGUCGUUUCGGUGGAUCCUUUGGCGAAAAAGUGAUAUCUCAUCUGCAAUAUCGUUAGAACCCUAUUCGCAGACUUCUGAAUCAGAAGUUGCUAUUUACGUAAUCUAAGAGUCUCCCCUAUUUCUCAGCUUAGUACGCAGCAAGAAUGAAAAGAAACACGCAAACCAAAUUAGUUGACCCAAAAAAACCCAGCGAAUGAAGAUCGUUCACUUUUUUCUUCACUGGUUGCUUUUCAGCCGCGUGACCGAGUUAGCUAAGAAGUAGUCUUGUCUGUGAUAUAAGAUAAA